AUGGUGACACCACCUGGGUCAUGGUCAACAAUUUGGGAGUAUUGUGAUGUACCAGAGUGUGGAGUAGAGAUAGAGGAAAAAGAAGAAGUGCAAUUUGAAUGUGUGAACUGCACAGCGUUUGAGUGUGGAAACUACAGCAUUAGCCAAAGCGACUACAGGGGUGCCAUCAAUAUCACCGAGUCUGGCCGCGAAUGCCAGCCAUGGUCCUCUCAAUUCCCCCAUCUGCAUGACUUCACACCAGAGAACUACCCAGGAGCUGGUUUGGAUGGUAAUGCUUGCCGAAAUCCGGACCCAUCAGGAGCUGCCAUACAAGUAAAUCGUGCAUUUUGUUUGACUAAUGAUCCUGACAGGCGUUUUGAAAAGUGUUUGGUACCAGCUUGUGUCCAUGAAGGAUACAUUGACUAUAUCACCGAAACGGAAAGCGGCUUCGAAAUGAAUGCACAAGACGUCAACUCACCCUGGUCUUUUACGUGUGGAACUAUGGCUCUCCGUCAGCAAGACUACAGAGGGAACAUCUCUUGGACAGCACAGGGUAUUCCUUGUCAAAGAUGGGAUUCGGAUGAGCCCCAUGGCCAUGUCAACAGACCAGAGGAACGUCCAGGCAAGGGACUUGGUGCACACAACUACUGCAGGAAUCCAGGUGCAGACGAAAGGGCUUGGUGCUACACCACAAGUGAUACAGUCCGAUGGGCAUACUGUGACGUACCGGCUUGUGAGCAUGAUGGAGAAGAACCCAGUGACCCGAUAUUACAGAAUACAUGUGGGACCAUGUCCAUGCGCCAAACAGACUACACUGGAAAAAUAGCAUACACCAAAAAUGGCUUUACUUGUCAAAGAUGGGACACACAAGAGCCAAAUACACAUCGAAAUACACCUGAGACAAAACCAUUUGGAAAUCUUGAGGAGAACUAUUGCAGAAAUCCUGACAACGAACCUGAUGGAGCUUGGUGUUAUGUUGCUGACCCAGAAGGUCCACGCUGGGAGUACUGUCCUGUCCCUAGCUGCCCAGAGGAGGUGGUGGAAGUCACAUAUUCAGAGUCUUGUGGUACUCAUUCUCUUCUACAGCAAGAUUAUAUUGGUGACAUAUCACAAACCAUCAGUGGCCUCCCCUGUCAGAGGUGGGAUGCUCAGGCCCCCAAUGCACAUCAACAGACACCAGAAAACAAACCUACUGCACAUCUUGAGAGCAACUUCUGUCGUAACCCUGAUGGAGAAAUUGGUGGCGCCUGGUGCUACAACCAGAACUUCCCCGAAGGACCUCGUUGGGAGUACUGUUCUGUUCCCAAGUGCGAAAACGAAAAAGCUGAAGAAGAAGACGAAGAAGCUGCUUCUGCAUCUCAAACUUGUGGCACCUUGUCCAUCAUGCAAACUGACUAUGCUGGUGACAUUUCAACCACUGAAAAUGGCUAUGAAUGCCAAACAUGGGAUUCGCAAUCUCCAAAUGAACAUGGCAAUACACCAGAAGAUAAACCAAAUGCACAUCUCGAGAGCAACUUUUGCAGGAACCCAGAUGGCGAAGCUCGGGCAUGGUGCUAUGUUGCUGACCCGGAUGGACCCCGCUGGGAGUUCUGUUCCAUUCCAUCUUGUGUGGCUGAUGAGGAUGAUGUACAGGAGGAAGCUCCCACAUCCCAGACUUGUGGAACUCUGUCCCUGCUACAGGCUGACUACGUUGGUGGCAUUUCAACCACUGACAAUGGCAACGAAUGCCAACGCUGGGAUUCACAAUCUCCAAAUGCCCAUGGCAAUACACCAGAAGACAAACCAAAUGCACAUCUUGAGAGCAACUUUUGCAGGAACCCAGAUGGUGAAGCUCGUGCCUGGUGCUAUGUUGCUGACCCAGAUGGACCUCGCUGGGAGUUUUGUGCCAUUCCGUUGUGUGCAGCUGAUGAGGAUGAUGUACAGGAGGAAGCUCCCACAUCCCAGACUUGUGGAACUUUGUCCCUACUGCAGGCAGACUACAUUGGUGACAUCUCAACCACUGAAAAUGGCAAUGAAUGCCAACGCUGGGAUUCACAGUCUCCAAAUACCCAUGGCAAUACACCAGAGGACAAACCAAAUGCACACCUCGAGAGCAACUUUUGCAGGAACCCAGAUGGUGAAGCUCGGGCAUGGUGCUAUGUUGCUGACCCAGAUGGACCUCGCUGGGAGUUUUGUGCCAUUCCUGAAUGCCCCGAGCUGCAUGGGACUUGUGGAUCCAGAGCCAACUUCCAGGUUGACUAUGUUGGUUUUGAAAAUACAACUGCCAGUGGUCGCCCUUGUGUACCCUGGUCCGACUUUGCUCCUCCUUCCGAGAGUGAUGAGUUUCAAGGUGCAUUCUGCAGAAACCCAACACUGGCCGAACGUGCCUACUGCUAUGUGGCAGAAGAUGCCGAUGGAGACGGUGCCAACUGGGAGUGGUGUGACAUUCCGUUCUGCGAGGAUUUAGUUUGA